UGUGGGAACAAAGCAAAACCAACGGCCCUUCCAGUCCAAGUUCUGCACAUAUUUGUAGCACAGUCAGGCUGCACAUAAACAGGACUCAAAGGACGAUUAGGGGUCAGCCACUCGCUGGCGUGGCAGAUACUCCGGGGUGAAAAUAGAUGAGGUGACUUUUUUAAUUGCGCCAGGUUUAGGUAUCAGGGGCAUUCAGGUGUGUUGCGCCAUCUAUGCGCCCCGUGGCUAAAAAAACAGGAAGAUUCUGCAUGAUGUUGUGCACUAUUUUGCAGAAAAUGGCGGAGAUUGGGACCGCUCCAUCUAUUGCCCCACCGCAAAAGGACAUCAAAAGGAAACGAAUAAGUUCAAGAGGCAAGAGGAAAUCAAGAAGAAAUAUGAGGAAAUCACUAUUGGUACCGGGCCACACAUUUUUGCUCAAAGGUCAAAUGUACAGAACUUGGCCAUUGGGCCAUCUAUAGGCCCCAAACGUUUUUUGGGAAAUAGGGAAAACUAGUAUCCGCACAGACACCCCGCAGAAUUUUAAUUUUCUGCAAUCCAAAGACCAGUUGCGCCAUCUAUGACGGCCAAAUAGCGAGAAAAAGGAGUUACAUGGCGCGGCUGUUCCCGCUAUUUUUUUUAAGUUGCGCCAACAACUUUCACCCCGGUGUAGAAAUUGCAAGAUCUUGACGUAUUGAAUCAUAUUGACGUUUAAUGUCAUGUACCAUUUGCAUGUCCAAUUUGCGCUAGCUUCUUGAUGUCCGGCUCCCAACAGCAACGCCCACGCAGCAAACGCCGCCCAAUCCGCCGCUGUUUGACCUCCCCUCGCAGCUGUCGGAGCCGCGAGCGCCCCCUCUGGGCGCGGGCGCGGCGCCGAUGGUGAUCGCCUCGGUCUUCACGGAGCAGAAGCCCCCGGGAGGCAGCAGCUUUGGAGGCAACUUUUCAAAGACCGCCUUCGCAGCCUACGUCUUCCCCAAAGGCCGCCAGCUUCAGCGUGAUGGCACUCAGAGGGUGGAGCAUCGAGAGCAGCGGCAGAUCACCGGCUUAGUCGACCCAAACCUGUGCCAAUCGGCUCAUAUGGCGUACUCCAUGAGCAGGCGGUUUCCAACAGAGCGACUGCUCUCCAACUACGCACAGCAUGCUGAAGGCGGCGUGAAGUUGGCCACCUUUGUGACCAAGAAGCCCAGCAAGCGGGUCAUGUCAACGCCCGUCCUGCCUCCUGUGGAGGUGCCACCAGAAGAGGAGGAGGUGCCUCCAGAGGUGGAGGAGGAGGCAGAGGAGAUGGAACUUACGGAGGAGAUGGCCGCCAAGGCGAUGAACGGGAAGUACUAUCCCCACCCCUCGCUGAUGCGGGGCACCUUGAAGCUCAGUCGACCGAAAGCGUUGGCUUAUGGCGUGGACCCCGGCAAGGACCAUGGUCAUGAGUGUCCCUUCUUUGAGGGCGCCAAGCAUCGCUUCAAGGAUGUGCAAUCACUCCCUGAGGCACAGCUUCGCGAGUCCACGCGGUCGUUGAAGUGGAAGUCUGAUGAGAACUGGAACAACCAGAGCAUGCACGCCUCCCUGAAGAUCACCCACUUCCGGUGAGGGUCCCCACUCCACUGGUUACUUCUGAAGUGACGAGUCCUAACAAAAACCAUGGCCCCGUCGGCCACGCCGGAUGUCUCACCAUUCCGGCCGAGCCAUCGGCUGAGCCGCCUGGCUGCGGGCCGCCUUGCGCGGCGGGAAGCGGCGCCCGGUCUCACCGAGAACACGCGGCGCAACGGCGGGAAACGGUACGCGCAG